AAGAAUAAAUAUCCUUCGGGGGGAUAGCCUCCUGUGUUGUUUUAUAACAUUUUUGUUUAUAUACUGCUUACUUGUAAGUUACAGACAUUUCCCCAAUAAUCGGACUGUAUUAUAGUUUUUUGUAUUUUCGUAGAGAACUGUAUUUUUAUCUAAAUACAACCCUACCUGUAGCAACCAAUGCAUGAUGAUCGCUGAUGUUUUAUAAGCGAGACGCUCCUUUUUCAUUAAAAGUUGUUGCAUCUAUGACCUCAUUAUGGCCACUCUGACGAGGCAGGACCUUAAUUUCGGGCAGGUUGUUGCUGACAUUCUGUGUGAGUUUCUGGAAGUGGCCAUUCACCUCAUUCUCUAUGUCAGAGAUGUCUAUCCAUCUGGGAUCUUUCAGAAAAGGAAGAAAUACAACGUACCUGUGCAGAUGUCAUGCCAUCCAGAUUUAAAUCAGUACAUUCAAGACACGCUGCAUUGUGUCAAGCCACUGAUAGAAAAAAAUGAGGCUGAGAAGGUUGUAGUGGUGAUCAUGGAUAAAGAGCACCAUCCAGUGGAGAGAUUUGUGUUUGAGAUCUCACAGCCUCCACUGCUGUCCAUCAACUCAGAGACUCUGCUGUCUCAUGUGGAGCAGCUGCUGAGAGCCAUGAUCCUAAAGAUCAGUGUGUGUGACGCUGUCCUAGACAACAAUCCUCCAGGAUGCACAUUCACAGUGCUUGUACACACCAGGGAAGCUGCCACAAAAAACAUGGAGAAAGUUCAGGUCAUCAAGGAUUUUCCAUGGAUUGUAGCAGAUGAGCAGGAAGUUCACAUGGAAGAGGCAAAACUCAUUCCUCUAAAAACAAUGACUUCUGAUAUCCUCAAGAUGCAGCUCUAUGUUGAAGAAAAAACACAGAAAACUUGAUGCUGUGGAUCACAUGAAAGCAUCUGCGGGGUGUAACACAGUAAACAGGAACUGAUUUUUUGUUUUUGUUUUUUGCGUGAAAACAGGAUUGUUUACAUAUUUGGGUUUGGUAAUAUGAAGAAUAUUGAGCUGGACUGAGCUGAUCUUGUUAAGCAGUAUUAAUGUUUAUCACAAUGUCUGGUUGCUUAAGGUCUGUCAUGGAGCUGAAACUGUUUAAUUGUUUUAAACAGUUAAGUAAUCUUUCACUGCCUCUGCUUACCUCUGUCAUGAAUCCAUAUGUUGUUCUCAAAGUGUCUACAUUGUUGUUGUUGGGAGCACACAUAAAGUUUAAAAGAUUAAAGUUUUGAAACUGCUUUUACGUUAGAUUAAACGUGUGAUCAUUUGUUCAUCCUGUUAUUGUGAAAUUUCAUACUGGUUAUUACCUAACAUAAUAGAAAUAAACAAUUAUGUAAUCCAAACUUCCAAGGGCACACAUAACAGCCAUUAAGGACAACACCAGACAAAGAACCAGGGAAAACACGGGUUUAAAUACACAAGUCAACAAGCCUAACAAGGGGUUGGAGCCACUGAUCUAUAUAGAUCAGUGGUUGGAGCCAAUAAAUUACUAUGGUAAUUCAUCUUAAGUCAGGCCAUUCUCCACUUUGAAAACUUUGUUAUUUUUGACGUGGAACACAUUUGCUAGUGGAGAAAUUCAAACUUUGGAAGGACAGUCUGGCACUUCUGACACACAGUCUGUAAG